CAGGUUGUGCCUCUAUGACAUGAUCCAGUCCAGAGUAACACUGAUGGCUCAGCACGGAUCUGAUCAACACCAGGUUCUUGUCUGUACCAAGUUGGUGGAGCCCUUCCACGCCCAGGUGGGCUCCCUGUACAUUGUCCUUGGGGAGCUCCAGCACCAGCAGGACGGAGGCUCCCUGGUGAAGGCGCGCGUGCUGACCUGCGUGGAGGGGAUGAACCUGCCCUUGUUGGAACAAGCCAUCCGGGAGCAGAGGCUGUACCAGCAGGAGCGGGGCGGCGGCCAGUAGGAAACAGCAGCCCAGCAACACCCCCACCUGCUUCCAAGGCCAAACCCUCUGGAGCUGCGGGAGCCCCAGAGAGCGCAGACGCCUCCCCAGCGACGGCCUUGUCUGGAGCCGAAAGCAGAGGGGCGGAUGGUGAAUCCAGCCCCUUCCCCUACUUUGGGAUUAGCUCAUCAAUGAGAGCCCAGAAAGCAUGCCAUAAAUCCGACAGCCCCACCCGGGGAGACUGCAGGUGGCUGAGCUCGGGUGCCAGCCCGUGCUUGGUGUGGGGCCAUGGAGGGUUCCAGAAGGUCCUAGUGAAUAAAGGCCCAAGGGGCGUGCCCUCGA